AUGUUCUCUUCCAUAUUCUCGCGUCUCUCCUCUGCUUUUGUGGGGCAGGAAGGUCAAGGAGGAGAACCGAACAAGAUGGUGUCCCUGACAGGCCCGUCCGCAGAACUGCAGCUAGCCGUCAAGGCUCAGCGUGCGCGCGCCCGUGGCGGCGAAACGAACUUUGUUUUGUCGCCUUUUUCGGUCUUGCUCGUGUUCGCCAUGGCCAUGCGCGGCGCGAAUGGCCCGACGCUGCGCGAAAUGCAGAGCUUCCUCAAGCUGUCGCACCUCCCGGCGCUGCCUCAACUCGACACAGAAGGCUACCCACCUGGGCAGGCUCCGCAGCUUGCGCUGGGCAACCGGGUGUACGUACAGCACGAUUUGGAGAGCAACCCGCACUUCAAGAAGUACGUGGAGUUGUUGAAGAAGGAGUCUGCAGACAAGAUCGACGCUGCGGCUAUUGACUUCUCGGAUGUCGCCAAGGCUGUGGAAGAGAUCAACGCGUACGUCGCCAAACAUACGAAUGACCAUAUCAAGAAUUUGCUCAAGGGCAACGAUGUUAGUGCUCUGACUCGCCUCGUCCUCGUGAGUGCGAUGUUCUUCAAGAGUGCGUGGGAGAAACAGUUCCCUCACAGCGCGACAAAGAAGGGAACCUUCCACGCCCUCAAGGAGGGACAGCACGUCGCGCAACAAGUUGAUAUGAUGACUGUUAUGCUGGAGGACUCGCCCGUCUUUCUCAAGCAAAGCCAACAGCUGACGGCGAUCGCCCUGAAGUAUGCGGAGCCGAGCCUUCGCAUGUACAUCAUCCAGCCUCACGAUGUGGAAGACCUCGCGACGAUCUUUGACAAGGAAAAGAGCGCAGAAAAGGGCAUUCCGUACAUCGAGACGCUUGUGGCGGAGAUGAACAGCGAAGAGACUGCGGAGGCAUACUGGGGCAAGCACAUCCGUUUGACAAUGCCCAAGUUUAGCCUGAGGGCGGAGGAUAACCGCGAAGACUUGAUUCCGCUUUUCCGCGAUCUGCUUAAGAUCAAGGAUAUGUUCGACCCGGCGAAGGCGGAUUUCUCGAAGAUCACCGGCGACAAAGAGCUGUUUGUCUCCUCCUACCUGCAUGCUGCGGAUAUCUCCGUGGAUGAAGACGGGACUGUCGCGACAGCCGCGACCGCCAUGGCCAUCAUGCUGCGGAGCAUGCCGAUGCCGCGGGAAGUCGUCGACUUGGUGAUCAACCGUCCGUUCAUUUUCCAGAUUCGCUACUCACCUUCCGAAGUGCUAGACGGCAGCCGCGACACCGUUCUCUUCAGCGGGCAGAUCGUAGACGUCGCAGCUGCGCAGGCAAAGGCCCACGAGACCCGCGCCCGCGAGGCUGGAGAGGUGGCGCCCGAGGAUGAGGAGAAGGAUGACGAGUAA